AUGCUUCGGUAUGUUUUAGCGCUAUGGGCUAAUUGCACUCUGAUCAAUAUAGAAAGACACCCGGAAACGAAAACAUUCGGGGGCCGAUGGAAAUAUCUGACUUUCAUCAAUCAGACUGUGUUCUUCGGACUGUGUGUAUUCACUGACAUCGUCAACUUGGUGCGCUCAGGCAAACCGUUGCGUGGUGGACUCCCAUCUCUGCUGGUUAAAUUAAGGGACAUCAUAUUUACUGUUCUGGCUUUCCCAGUGGGCACAUUUGUAUGGGCCAUGUACGCCUAUGACAGGAAGCUGGUGUACCCUGACUUCCUGGAUGAUAUUAAACCUGUCUGGUUGAACCAUGCUUUGCACACCAUCAUCGUUCCCCUGCUGUUUGUCCAGAUGUGCAUUCAGCAUCAUCGAUAUGUUAGCCGAGUGAAAGGCAUCCUGGGCUUGGCAAUCUUUACUUUACUGUAUCUGUCGUGGGUCCUGUGGGUGCACCGUGUCUCAGGUAUUUGGGUGUACCCCAUCAUGGCCAAACUGAGCCCUGUGGACCUUGUUCUGUUUUUUGGAGCUGUUGCUCUUACCGUGGCUCCUUUCUACCUGCUUGGAGAGAAGCUCAGCAGUAAAAUCUGGGGCAAUGCAGGAGUCCACGAGGAGGGGGAUAGAGAUGAGUACCUCAGGGAGUGUCAGUACACGUUGUAA